AAGUAUGAGUGGGUGGAGAGUGGAAAAGGCAAACACAAGUGGGUGGCCUGUAGGCUCCUCCCAGUGCCCUGACUGGUCAACAACCGCGUCUCCCCCGCGUGGUCGCGUCUCCUCAAGGAGAUAAUAGUGACUGCUCUUCCUUACCUCCCUGUGCUUCCACGAAGUCAGAAGAUAUUAUUGUUGUGGGAGAGAGGCAGGGAGCGAGCAUGAGCGGGUUCGGGGAGAUCAUCGCGAGCGCCGUGGGGAAGCAAAUCGCGAGCAAGCUCGGUGAACUCGCCACGGAGGAGGCCACCCUGCAGUGGAGGUUCAAAGACGAUGUUGAGGUCAUGGCGGACAAGAUGCAAGAUCUGGAGGCCGUGUUGCACGAUGCGGAUGAUAGGCUGCGCCGAGGAGGAAGAGAUGGGGAAGUUGUUGGGCGGUGGCUCACCAAAUUCAAGUCCGUCGCCUACGACGCCGAGGACGUGCUGGACGAUCUGGACGCCACCGAGCUCUUAAAGAAGAGCCAACCAAAGUUGAAACUGUUCUUUUCCAGGAACAAUCAAAUUUUCCAGCGGAUCACCAUGCCUCACAAGCUGAAGAAAUUGAGAGGGGAAAUAGAAAAGAUAGGAAAGGAGGGACAGGCUCUCAAUCUUGUGAGACAUCAAGAACAAGCACAAGGGAGCAUAAUAAACAAUGAAAGUUUUGUAGGCAUCUGUGAUGAAGGCUUGAGAUCUGGAGUGGUGGGGAGGGAUAUGGAAAAGGACAAAAUAAUCAGGCUGCUACUAAACAAGGGCGCUAUCGCUAGAGAGGGUAUAUCUAUUAUCCCGAUUGUCGGGCUUGGUGGUCUAGGAAAGUCAACAUUGGCUGAAUCAGUCUUUGUGGACAAGAGGGUCAAUGACUUCGAGGUCCGAGCCUGGGUUCAUGUGUCUAAGGAGUUUGAUCUACGCAAAAUUGGGAGUGCCAUCCUCAAAAGCAUAAAUAGCAGCAUCAACCUUGACAAUUGUAGUUUGCAGUUUUUGCAGGAAAAUCUCAAAAAGGAACUUGCUGGUAGAAGGUACUUGAUUGUUUUGGAUGAUCUUUGGGAAGAGGAUGGGGAUAAGCUGGAAAGGCUGAAGCAGAUGUUACAACAUGGCCGCAAGGGUAGCAGGGUUAUUGUAACUACGCGCAACCAAAGUGUAGUGAAUAAAUUGAGCACUGGUGUUCUUGCACACCAAAGAAAAUUUUGUCCCGUGCCCAACUCUGAUCAAAUCAACUUGUUUGUUUUGUCAACUGAUGAAUGCUGGGAAGUAAUGAAGCAAACAGCAUUUGGGCCUGAUGAUGAUAAAAGUGACUUGGAAGAAAUUGGAAGGGAAAUUGCAGAGAAGUGCUGGGGUGUACCACUCGUGGCAAUUGCCCUUGGGCAAGUAAUGUCCGAGUUAAGAACUGUGGAGGCAUGGCAAAAAAUAAGAGAUACAAACAUUGAUUUGGGUCAUAGAGACCACAAGAAGACAUUGGAGCGCCUCAUGCUGAGCUAUUACUACAUGAAGCUGGACUUCAAAAUGUGCUUCACAUACUUGGCGGCCUUUCCCAAGGGCUUCAUUAUAGAAAGUGAUCGUCUAAUUCAGCAAUGGAAGGCUCUUGGAUACAUUCAUGGAUGGGAUGAUGGUAAAAGGUGCAUUAACUACCUUAUGGGGAUGUCCUUUCUUCAAAUCUCAAGGUCCUCCGUGAUUAGGUCAAGUCCAGUGCAUGCCAAUGCUCCUCGAGAGCUCACCAUGCAUGAUUUGGUGCAUGAUCUUGCAACAAUAAUUUUGGGACAUGAAUCCCUUGUUCUAAAUGCUACUGAGCCGAGGAGUAGGAAGAAAGCAAACCGUCGUUAUUGCCGACAUGCACAGUUGAUCAACUACCAGAAUCAGUAUAAGGUUUUCAAUGAUCUGCCAGGCAGCAUCAGAUCCUUCCAUGUAAGACAUUCAGAGAAACAACAGCUCUCCCAAAAGGCAUUUUCCAGAACGAAGUAUAUACGGGUCUUGGACCUAAGUGGAUGUUUAGUUGUGGGGCAAUCUACUCCAAGCAGCAUACUUUUGCCAUCUUCCGUGCUUCAGUUGAAGCUACUUAGGUACCUCGAUGCCUCUAGCUUGCCAAUUACAUCACUUCCUGAGUCUUUCCAUACACUUCAAAAUAUGGAAACUCUAAUUCUGUCCAAUUGCUCACUUGAAACCUUGCCUGACAGUAUCUGUAGCCUCCACAAACUCAGCUAUUUGGACCUAGCUGGCAAUGCUAGAUUCAGUAAGCUCCCUGACAACUUUCAUCUUCUUAGUAAACUCAUAUUCCUGAACAUGUCAAGUUGUUCCAAGCUAACCAAACUUCCUGACAAUUUUAGCCUGGAGUGUUUAGAACAUUUAAACCUAUCAGGUUGUCAUGAGUUAAAAAACCUUCCACAAGAUUUCGGGAAUCUCCAAAAUCUUAGGUUCUUGAACCUUUCUGAUUGCUACAAGAUAUCAGUUCUACCAGAAUCAUUUUGCCAACUGAAGCAUUUGAAAGACCUAAACCUUUCCGAUUGUCGUGCCCUUGUAGUACUCCCUGAAUGCUUUGGUGACCUUUCAGAUCUUGAAUCCUUGAACCUAACAAGUUGUCCCAGGCUAGCACAGUUGCCCGAGUCAAUCUGCAAGAUGACUAAUCUGAAGUGUCUCAAUUUGUCAUAUUGUUUAGGGAUGCUAGAGCUCCCCUCCUCACUAGGUGAUCUUAAUCUCCAAAUAUUGGACAUUUCUGCUGGUGCUCUCCGUCAUUUGCCAGGUAGCAUCAGUAAAAUGACUAGUCUCACCGAAUUUGUGGUCACGUCAGGACAUCCUAGGGUGUAUGAAAAGGCCCAGGAAAUUAAGAAGCAUCUAAAUUUGCCAGGCCGCAAAGUACAUAGAGUACGCAACACAGGAAGAGGACACGACAGUAUAGUUGAGCUUGGAGAUGUGAAUUGCCCUGAGCUGUUAAUUGGAUCUCUUCAACGUGUCAAGAGACCGGAAGAUGCAGAGAGAAUCAAGCUGCGUGAUAAAUCAUGUCUUAGACAGCUAGCUCUCCACUGGAAUCAGAAGAAUAUGAAUGCUCAUGCAUCCUCGGCUGAAUAUGUUCUGAAGAGGCUCAUACCAGCUCGAAAUCUUGAACAGCUUAUGAUACAAGGAUAUUCGAGCAAGGGUUUUCCUAACUGGAUGUGGCACAUAUCCUCCCACCUCCCUUGUAUUACAUAUCUGAGUCUUUCUGAUUUAGGUGCAUGUGAUAAUCUUCCUCCGUUUGGGCAGCUACCAAAUUUAAGAAGUCUAUAUCUGCAGAAAAUUCCGAACAUCACGAAAGUCGGCAGGAAAUUCUAUGGGAAGGGUGGAACUUGUAAGAAACUAAGAUUGUUACAAUUGCAGUCGAUGGACAAUUUGGUGGAAUGGCGGACAACACUGUCAGGCAAAGAAGAUGGUGAAUUUUUAAUCUCUAAUUUGCACAAUUUAGAGUUAAAGGACUGCCCAAAGCUGAAGUUCCGACCAUACCCCCCCAGAAGUAUGUUUUGGUGCUUGGACAAUAGCGAUAAGGUUUUGGCAGGAAGUACAUUUUGGAAACUCUCGUCUUCCAUUCUUCCUUGUCGUAUGGGUAUAAAAAAUUGCAGCUUUUAUCCGGGCAAGUGGCAUAGACUAAAGCAAUUCCUCACUCUCGAAGAAUUCUCAUUGACCUCCUGUCACGGCUUGAUGGCCUUGCCAGAGGCCAUUCGCUGCUUCACCUCUCUCAAAAAGCUAAGUUUGACGUCGUUGCAUUGGCUGGAGAAGAUGCCAGAAUGGCUGGGACAUCUCACUUCUCUACAGGUCUUGGGCAUAAAAGAUUGUUGCAAUUUAACUUUUUUGCCUGAAAGUAUGAAAAACCUCACUGCUCUGAGAGUGCUAAUGCUUCUCGAGUGCGAAGGACUAGAUAUAUUGCCGCAAUGGCUAGGACAGCUCAGUUCCCUACGAGAACUUCGCAUCAGAGACUGUCCCAACAUCACAUCUUUGCCUGAAAGCAUAAGAAACCUUACUGCCUUGGAGGAACUGUACAUUUCUGGAUCUUCAGGUCUGGUCCGUAGGUCCCGCAGGGAGGAUGCAUAUAAGGUUUCUCACAUCCGUAAAGUAGUAUUUGAGCUAGAAGAACCAAAUGAGGAACAAGGACAAGAAGAAUCACAGGAAGCAUGGAUGAAUAGGCUAUCGAAAAAAUACGGAGAAAACCCGUCGAGACAUAGAGAGGAACGAGAAGAACUAGAGCAAAGCUAAUUAGCGUGCAGGCGAUGGACUGAUGAAUAACAUGUAAACUGGAUGGGUGGAUUCCUCUGCCCUGCGAAGAAAACAGAAACGGGAUGGGUGGAUUAGAUCCAGAAGCAAGAGUAAAAAGGUGUGCAAGAGGAAAUAUCCUGACCACAACUCGCAAAUUUGCAACAAAAGCUUCUCGACCGCAACUCGCUGCCAAGCAAGUUUUGUAGUUGGCUUGAAUGAAUAUACGCAGAAUCAUCUGUAGUGUCAUAAGCCCAGAGACAUACAUGAAGCAAUGUGGAUGGCAAGAAGGCUUGAGCAAUCUUAUCCUAUAAGGCUAUAAAGAAGACAAAUGCCACCACGUGUCGAACUAGUCAAAUCUGCAGUCACAACUCAGCCAAUCAACCAAUAGCAUUUGAAUGCCAAACUAGAAGGCGUGUGUAAAUAAGUCCGCAAAUUCCAAGAGCAUAUCAUGCAUUACCCACUGGAGAAGAUGAAACUGUCAUCCCUGAACUUCUACUUAUUGAUACACGAUUUGUACAGCAUCAGGAAAAUGUGAUGCAGAGAAGCAGCUACAGUUAUAUAUGCAUGCUGCAGAAGGACUCAAUAUAGCCAAGCACACUUUCACCUCGAGAGCCCAAUUGGGAGACCUUACAGUCACACGCACAGCUGCGGCACAUUCAUGCACUCUGAAUUUUAAGCGACACCAACAUUCUUCACAGCAAUAGCAAGUGUCUGAACUGCAAUUAUAUCGUUCAAGGCAGUGCCUUUACAACGCACUGUUUGAAUAUUUCCUUCGAUUAUUAGGCGCAGACUGGCUAUAUCAAUGUAGUGAGGUUCAAAUCAGUAAAUG